AUGCCUACUGCUGGAGAGUACAUUCUUGUUGUCUCCAACGGAAUCACCAUUGUCCUAACUGUGGUUGGUGGCCUCCUCACCAUACUGACCAUCUGGACACGUCCGGCCCUACGGAGACUGGUCAACGCUCCCCUGGUCAGUCUCGGAUGUGCAGAUAUCCUUUACGCCACUUUUUACUCCCCCUUAUGGAUCCAUCAAAUCCUAAACCCCCAUUGGGAGCCCCCAACAGCACUGUGCUGGCUUAUGGGCUAUGCCUCCCCAGUGCUGUGGGGGAUAUCGCUAGCCCACAUGUUGUGUAUCGCUCUUCAGCGUUACUUCAAGAUCUGUACCCACAGUACACGUCUGAAUUCCACGUCUGCCCUCGUUGUCAUGCUCUUGCUCGCAUGGUUGGUCCCCAUCGUUUCUUUCUUGCCUCUUUAUCUCAUUGAGGAAGUCAAGGUCGACCCGAAGUUGAAACGGUGCGCCCUGGGAAAUUCUGACAAACUCUGGGCAAAGAUUCCCCCAGGCAUUUUGAACUUAAUGCUCCCAUACGUUGCAGCACUCGUCUUUUACAUUCUCAUCCAGAAUCAUGUGAGGAAGAGUAAGAACCGAGUCCAGGCUAAUGCACAGGGCCCUUCUGCCGGUUUGGUAGUGCAGGUCGUACCAGUGGAAAUUGAUAGCGCCGGUCCUUCUGCAAGCACAUGUAUCACCAAGAUGACUAAGCCUUUAAAAGAUACAAAGGCUAUAAAAUGGGUGGGGGAUGACAAUUCCUCAUCUAGCCAUGACGGACCAAUAGGCAAAGAUUGCAUAGAGCCAGGUAAAACCAAAGGUAGCAACCUGGUUGCUACAGUGUCAGGCACAGGUAAACAAGAACAGGGCAAAAAAUCCCCAUCAAGCGAUGAGAAACAAAAAGAUAAUGGCCACAAUGAGCCAUAUAGAGCCAAAGGCAUCACCCUAAAUGCUGCUACAGUGUCAGAUCAGGAAGACAAAGAUGAACGACAGCCACACGUUGUCUCGGGUGGCAAGUCACAAAACAGUAGCGCCGCCGAAAGGCAGAUCACCAAAAUGAUGAUGAUACUGUUUGCUGUGUACACCAUAUGCAAUCUGCCAAUUUUCCUCAUGGGAAUGUUCUCCAGUUAUGUACCAGGUGAAGCCUUCACUGUCGGCCACUUGCUGGCCUCAGUGAGCGGCGCCCUGAACCCAAUCGUAUACGGCGUCAUGAACAAAAACAUUCGCCAGGGGUACAAGCAUAUCUGGGACAGUAUUCUCAACUUCAUAACGUGA